AUGAAAACGGUUGCAGUGGCAAGUGUAGUCAAUAUAAUAAUAAUGAAUUAUUAAAUAAUAAUUUUACUUAACAAUAUUUGUGUAACAUAAAACACAUUGUAAAAUAAUUUGUGAUUAAAGUUUAAAAGUAUGGAAUUUUCGAAGCGCUUUUUUGUUACCAUACUUUUUGUGUCUUAUAGUGUAUUUGCGAGAAGUAUUCAUCAGAACAACGACCAGCAAUCAACAGCACAUUUCGACGAAAAGAACGAAGACCACUGGAGACUGCAGGCACAAUGGACUCUACGAACAAAGGUCUUCGCUCCAUUGAACACGAAGGUAGCAAAGAACAUCAUCCUCUUCCUCGGAGACGGUAUGAGCAUCACCACACUAGCUGCGACCAGGGUGUACCUGGGUCACAAGUACAAACAUUUUGGAGAGGAGUUGAAGCUUAGCUUCGAAGCGUUCCCUUACACAGGACUUGCUAAGACGUAUUGCGUAGACCAGAACGUCGCGGAUUCAGCUUGCAGUGGCACGGCGUACCUGACUGGAGUGAAGGCCAACAGUGGGACCGUGGGACUCAGUGGAGCAGUAAAGCGUGGGGACUGCGAGUCGCAGAAAGAUGGAGAACACUCCUUGACUGGACUUGUGGACUGGGCGCAGAGGGCUGGGAAGAGAACUGGCGUGGUGACAACAACGAGGGUGACCCACGCAACCCCUGCAGCGUCCUUUGCCCACUCCGCUGACCGACGGUGGGAGUCAGACUCCGACCUGCCUAAUGGCUUCCAAUGCCCAGAUAUAGCGAAACAGCUGGUCAGAGGCAAAGUUGGCAGCAGGAUCGAUAUAGUCUUCGGAGGCGGCAGGAAGAACUUCUUCCCAAAGUCAGAGAAGGACGCAGAAGGGCACUACGGGUACAGAAGCGACAAGACCGACCUGAUCAGAGAAUGGCUCAUCAAGAAGAUAAACCUUGGCGUCCCUGCCAAGUACGUCUACAAUAGGAAACAGCUGAUGAAGCUGAACAAGAAAGAGAAUCACAGUGUCCUUGGACUGUUUUCCCCUGACCACAUGCCUUAUCAUCUUGAGGCCGAAGAGGAUGACCCCACAUUAAGCGAGAUGACCGUAAAGGCUAUUGAGUUGUUGGAUAAUAAGAAUGGGUUCUUCUUAUUUGUUGAAGGAGGCAGAAUAGACACAGCUCAUCACGAGGCGAAAGCCCGGAAGGCUCUGGACGAGACCGCUGAAUUUGCGAAGGCAGUUGAAGCUGCCCUGAGAAUGGUUAACCCUGAGGAUACUCUGGUGGUGGUGACUUCUGACCACAGCCACACCAUGACAUAUAGCGGGUACAGCAAGAGAGGAACUGAUAUACUUUCCUUUACUAACAAGUUGAAUGCAACAGACAAUAUACCGUAUACGACACUCAGCUACGCGAAUGGACCUGGUUACAGACCGCAUGAUAACUUCAUCAGACCUAGUCCAACUCUGGAGGACUUACAAAACAUCAACUUCACAUAUCCAGCUCUGGUGCCCAUUCUCCGAGAAACCCAUGGUGGGGAAGAUGUGGCUGUAUUCGCGAAAGGGCCCUGGUCUCAUUUGUUUUCAGGGAAUUUUGAGCAAAACUUCAUCCCUCACGCAAUCGCUUAUGCUUCGUGUAUAGGACCGGGAUUGACUCACUGUAGCGUGUAAUGUACUUUAGAUUGAUCGAUUGAUGGUGUAUGGUGUCAUUGAUGUAGCCAAAGUGAAAGCUGUUAUCUAACUCAAUAUUCUUCUUGUCGUUUCGAUG